AAAAAAGGUCUGAGCUUUGAGGAGAAGCGAACUCGCAUGAUGGAGAUCUUUUUUGAAACAAAAGAUGUGUUCCAGUUGAAGGACAUAGAGAAGAUUGCUCCAAAAGAAAAAGGGAUUACCUCGAUGUCAGUGAAAGAGAUCCUGCAAAGCUUGGUUGAUGAUGGCAUGGUGGACAGUGAUAGAAUUGGGACUUCCAACUAUUUCUGGGCUUUUCCAAGUAAAGCUCUUCAUGCCAGGAAACGUAAAUUGGAGGAACUGGAGUCUCAG